CCUUCUGCCAGCCAAUGGAAGGAGAGAACGAGUUUCAAACCAGCCAGUCAGGAAGUCCGUUCUUGCGAGGUGCCGAGCUCGAAUCACGUUUGAAACGGAUCCUGGAAGAGAGGAGAGAUCGGGAGACAGAGGUGGCGGCACGAUGACUGGGUCCAAUGAGUUUAAGUUAAACCAAGCCCCUGAAGAUGGAAUAUCUGCUGUCAAGUUUAGUCCAAGCACCGCCCAGUUCCUACUGGUCUCCUCUUGGGACUCCGCUGUCCGCCUCUAUGAUGUUUCUGCAAAUACAAUGAGGCUAAAGUACCCGCAUGCGGGGCCUGUCCUGGACUGCGCUUUCUACGAUCCUACCCAUGCCUGGAGUGGGGGCUUGGAUCAGCAGUUAAAGAUGCGUGACUUGAAUACAGAUGGGGAAACUAUGGUUGGGAGUCAUGAUGCCCCCAUCCGAUGUGUCGAAUUUUGCCCCGAGGUGAAUGUGAUGGUUACUGGGAGUUGGGAUCAGACUGUGAAAUUAUGGGACCCCCGGACCCCAUGCAAUGCUGGUACAUUCUCUCAGCCAGAUAAGGUGUAUACGCUGUCUGUGUCCGGCGACAGGUUGAUAGUAGGCACUGCCGGUCGGAGGGUACUAGUUUGGGAUCUUCGCAACAUGGGCUAUGUGCAGCAGAGACGUGAAUCCAGUCUGAAGUACCAAACCCGCUGUAUCCGAGCCUUCCCCAAUAAACAGGGCUAUGUGCUGAGCUCCAUUGAGGGGAGAGUUGCUGUUGAAUACCUGGACCCAAGCCUGGAAGUACAGAAGAAGAAAUACGCCUUCAAGUGUCACCGUCUGAAAGAGAACAAUAUUGAGCAGAUCCAUCCUGUUAAUGCAGUGUCCUUCCACGGCCUACACAACACCUUUGCCACAGGUGGCUCAGAUGGUUUUGUCAAUAUUUGGGAUCCUUUCAACAAGAAGCGUCUGUGCCAGUUCCACCGCUACCCAACCAGCAUCGCCUCCCUGGCCUUCAGCAAUGACGGCAGCACUCUGGCAAUUGCAGCCUCUUACAUGUAUGAAAUGGAUGACAUUGAACACCCCGAAGAUGCUAUCUUCAUACGGCAAGUGACAGACGCCGAGACAAAGCCCAAGUGAGGCAGCUCCACCUGCCUCCCCCUCCCCAGCACCGAGAUUUAUUAAUUUUCCCUUGCCUCAUGAAUAGCGUUAUUGAUGGCAAGGGGAGAUAACUGUGGCUGACUGUAGGGCUGGGGGAGAUUUUAUCACAUCCACCCAAGCUUUCAAUAUCCGUCAGUUGAUAGACGUCUGACAGAUAAAAUUAUGCUCAGUUGUUUUAUACAGAAGCGUGUCGACCUCCUCUGCAUUUUUUGCCCUUCAUUAUUUCACCUGGAGGACUUCUCACCGAUGACUCUUCCUUCAAAUGCAGUUGUGAGUCGGCCGGCUAUUGGUUCCUCUUUUGUUCCUGUCGCUCUCCUUUCAAUUGUACAGUUUAUGUUGGAUUAUUUUCCCUUCAUUAAUGCUGUGGUUUGCUGUAAAUAAGCUCCUCAUGUAUAGGAAUGACUAGUCCUACACUUGUACUGUUCUUUUUUUUUUUUAAAUGUUUUGUAUACAGUCUUUCUGAGUAAAGAGAUGUUACUCCAUUGUC